AUGAUGAAUUUAAUUAGAAAGGAUUGGUCUCAAAAGCUUGAUGACUCUCUAUGGGCUUACAGGACAGCGUACAAAACUCCUCUCGGUAUGUCUCCUUAUCGACUAGUAUUUGGCAAAGCUUGUCACUUACUGGUAGAAUUGGAGCACAAGGCAUAUUCGGCGAUCAAGAAGCUGAAUUUUGAUUACCAAGCAGCAGGUGAGAAGAGGUUAUUGCAGCUGAAUGAAAUGGAGGAGUUUCAUAAUGAUACAUAUGAGAAUGCUCGCAUUUACAAAGAGAGGACUAAGAAAUAUCAUGAUCAAAUUAUUUUAAAGCGAAAUUUUGUGCCCGAACUGCAAGUUUUACUGUUCAAUUCUCGUUUGAGGUUAUUUUCGGGUAAGCUUAAGUCCCGAUGGUCUGGUCCGUUCGUCAUCACCAAAGUUUCUCCUUUUGGUUCGGUGGAAUUACAAAACAAUGAUGGUUCGAUUUUUCAAGUGAAUGGACAGAGGUUGAAGCAUUAUUUUAAUCAGUUCAACAAGAAGGCGGAGACAAUGUAUCUCAAAGAUAGAGAUUAA